AAAAUAGCCAACUACCAGGAACUGUUGGGCAGCCAUCAUCAACUGCUCAUAGCCGCCACCGCCGCCGCAGCCGCUGCAGCAGCCGCCGAACCGCAACUGCAACUGCAACACCUGUUGCCAGCAGCGCCGACGACGCCAGCAGCCAUCAGCAACCCCCUCACCUCGAUUGGCCCGAUCAACCAGAUCAGCAGCAGCAGCCAUCCGAGCAACAACAACCAGCAGGCGGUGUUCGAAAAAGCCAUCACCAUUUCGUCGAUUGCGAUAAAACGCAGGCCGACGCUGCCGCAGACGCCAGCAAGUGCCCCACAGGUGUUGUCGCCGUCGCCCAAGCGCCAGUGUGCCGCCGCCGUCUCCGUGCUGCCGGUGACCGUUCCCGUGCCCGUUCCGGUGUCCGUACCGCUGCCCGUUUCCGUGCCCGUGCCCGUGCCCGUCUCGGUCAAAGGUCACCCGAUCACGCACACACACCAGAUCGCCCACUCCCACCAGAUCUCGCACUCGCAUCCGAUCUCGCAUCCGCACCACCACCAGCUGAGCUUCGCCCAUCCGACGCAGUUUGCGGCCGCCGUCGCCGCCCACCACCAGCAGCAGCAGCAGCAACAGCAGGCGCAGCAGCAGCAGCAGGCCGUGCAGCAGCAGCAGCAGCAGGCCGUGCAGCAGCAGCAGGUUGCCUACGCAGUCGCCGCCUCACCCCAGUUGCAGCAACAGCAGCAGCAGCAGCAACAGCGACUGGCCCAGUUCAACCAGGCGGCAGCAGCAGCUCUCCUAAAUCAGCACCUGCAACAGCAGCACCAGGCGCAGCAGCAGCAGCAAUCUCUGGCCCACUACGGCGGCUAUCAGCUGCACAGAUACGCACCGCAGCAGCAGCAGCAGCCGCAGCAGCACAUCCUUCUGAGCAGCGGCAGCAGCAACAAGCACAACAGCAACAGCAACAGCAGUGCAGCAGCAGCUUCAGCGGCGGUGCCCAUUGCAACAUCCGUUGCUGCUGUGCCGACCAGCGGCGGCAGCUUGCCGGACAGUCCCGCCCACGAAUCGCACUCGCACGAGUCCAACUCCGCGACCGCCUCCGCGCCGACCACGCCCUCGCCGGCAGGCAGCGUCACCAGCGCCGCCCCCGCAGCAGCAGCAAGCGCUGCAACAGCAGCAGCAACAGCAGCAGCAGCAACUGGCACACCAGCAACAUCGGCCGUUAGCGACAGCAACAACAACCUGAACAGCAGCGGCAGCAGCAGCAGCAGCAACGCCAUAAUGGAGAAUCAGAUGGCUCUGGCCCCGCUGGGACUUUCGCAGAGCAUGGACUCGGUGAACACGGCCAGCAAUGAGGAAGAGGUUCGCACACUUUUUGUCAGUGGUUUGCCCAUGGACGCCAAGCCGCGCGAGCUCUAUUUGUUAUUCAGAGCCUACGAGGGCUAUGAAGGAUCUCUUUUGAAAGUAACUAGCAAAAAUGGCAAAACUGCAUCGCCCGUUGGCUUUGUGACAUUCCAUACAAGAGCUGGAGCUGAGGCAGCUAAACAGGAUCUGCAGCAGGGUGUACGCUUCGAUCCCGAUAUGCCCCAAACAAUUCGCUUGGAAUUCGCCAAGAGUAACACGAAAGUGAGCAAACCCAAACCACAGCCCAAUACAGCGACAACAGCCUCACAUCCUGCAUUGAUGCACCCACUCACUGGACAUCUGGGCGGGCCCUUCUUUCCGGGCGGACCGGAGCUAUGGCAUCAUCCGCUAGCCUAUUCGGCAGCCGCCGCCGCCGAAUUGCCAGGAGCUGCUGCACUGCAGCAUGCAACACUAGUGCAUCCGGCCCUGCAUCCGCAGGUGCCAGUGCGCUCCUAUCUCUGACUAAAUACAGACAAAGUAAUGGAGCAGCCGAUGCAUCAAACUCAAAUGACCAUGCCGCCACAUCAUCAGACAACUGCUAUUCAUCCCGGAGCUGCGAUGGCUCACAUGGCUGCGGCUGCGGCAGCUGCAGCAGCUGGGGGAGGUGGGGGCGCGGCCACCGCUGCUGCGGCACCGCAGAGUGCUGCUGCGACGGCCGCUGCAAGUGCCGCUGCAGCCGCUGCUGCCUCGCACCACCACUAUCUGUCGAGUCCGGCGCUGGCCAGCCCGGCUGGAUCCACGAACAACGCCAGUCAUCCGGGCAAUCCGCAGAUCGCGGCCAAUGCGCCCUGCUCCACGCUGUUUGUGGCCAAUCUGGGGCAGUUCGUGUCCGAGCACGAGCUGAAGGAGGUGUUCUCUAGUAUGCCUGGCUUUUGUCGCCUACGAAUGCACACAAAAGCCAUGGCAACAGCAACUGGCUCAAGCUGCUCCACCAGUAACGGCAGUGGCAGCAGCAACAGCAACAGCAACCACAACAGCGCUGCGGUGCAGCAACAUCCGGUGGCAUUCAUCGAGUUCAAGGACCCACCGACCGCGUCUCAGGCCAUGCAGCAAAUGCAGGGUAAAUAUCUGCUCAGCUCGGAUCGCGGUUCCAUCCGCAUCGAGUUUGCGCGCAGCAAAAUGAUCAACGAGGUGACCAUCAUGAACACCAAGGCACCGCCGCCACCACCACCACCACCCACUGCUGCUACUGCUGCUGCUGCACCACCGCCACCACCAGCACCCAUGUACAUCCUGAACGGCGGCGGAGGGGUGGAGCACUUGCUGGUCCCUGCACCACCGCCGUCGGCACAGCAGCAGCAGCAGCAACUCCAGAUGCAGCAACUGCAGCAGCAGAUGCACAUGCAGCAGCAACAUCAGCAGCAUCAGCAGCAGCAACUCCAACUGACCGUGGCUGCACCCUGCACCGCAGCAAGCACCACCACCCACAGCAGCACCACUAGCGUUGUUGUUAACUCACUACAGCACCACCAACUUCAUCAUCCAAAUCAGCACCACCAAAAUCAUCUCUUUAGAGACAGGAGCGGGUAUGGAAUCACGGCAUGAUCUGCUCGCUAAAAAGCUAGAGCGCGAUUUGCAGCAACAGCAGACGCAAGUGCACC